AUGAUACGAAGAAGACGAUUCAAGUUUCAACUGGAAUUUGCAGCUCUUAUAGUGCUCUGCUUUUUCAGUUGUCGCCGAGACGAUGCAAUCAGUGUGACUGCAGAAAAACCUAUCAAAGUAGUUCAAGAGGUCUCGGGUACGUACAGAAUAUCACCACAACUAAGAAUGACAUGGGCGUUCUGUUACUGUUGGGUAAGGUAGUUUAGUGGGAUAUUUGAUCUUAUAAGUCUCACAAGCGGGAUUAUACCCGUGAGCUCCUGGUUAGGAAAUUGACGUUUUUUCGCCAUUAGCUAGCUUUGGACUAAUCAAUUCAAUGAUACAUUCGGAUCUCACAUUUGACAUUUCGCAUUUCACUUCCCAUUCCAAAUUUCUUGCUUCAUUUCACAUUUCAUUCCACGUUUUAGGGAAAAAUUGCAGCUCUGGAUGUCCUCUUGUUGUAGUUAGGAAAAAUACAGCUCUUUUACUUAUUAGUAAAAUCCAACUAGUGGUCUAUUACCAAUGCUGCGUUCUGAUUGGUUGAGCUACUACUAGGCUAUAUGUUAUAGCCCACUAGUAGCGCAAAGCGCCGGCAUUGAAAACCAAAACAAUGGCGGCUGAAUUGCGUUUUGCUAGCUAAAGUUGUUUUGUCUCGAUAUUUUUGACCAACUAGUUGCAUUUUACUAAAACAAUUAUUCCACUCGCCCUCAUUAUUAUAGCUUUCAAGGAUUUUUUAAAUUCUUUAUUUAUUAUUUAUUCAUUAAUUUUAAUUUAUGUAAAGCGCUUUUGAAUAUUCUUCUAUAGUUUUAGCGCUAUACAAAUUCAUUAUCAUUCAUUCAUUCAUUCAUUCAUUCAUGGCCCAUUCGGGCUCGAAGAAUAAUUGUUAAUCAUUUCAGAUGGAUCAUUCACUGGAAGACAUCCUCUCGUUCACGUGACAAACGAUCUCAGGAACUGCAGCCCACCAUCAAUCGAGAAUUUUCCGGGUGAUUUGUUCAACCAGCAUGAAAGGCGACUUGGUGCAGUCGUUAUUCAUUUUCUGGUUGCAUGUUACAUAUCCUGGGCCAUAGCUAUUGUCUGCGAUGAAUAUUUCGUUCCUUGCUUGGAGAUUAUUUGUGAUAAGAUGAAACUUCAAUCUGAUGUGGCCGGUGCUACUUUCAUGGCUUUGGGUAAUUCAGCUCCCGAUCUAUUCGCCUCAAUCAUUGGUGAGUUGUAAGAUUACGCUUUUGAUGCACGAUAUUUACUAUCGGGGAUUCACAAAUGCCAAGUGCAUAAACAGGCCUAAACUCGUUCCCGAGGUUUUCUCGGCGUCCAACAUGGCGGCCUGUUGCCCACCACCAACUCGGUGGAGAAAGCGUUGGGAACGAGAUUGCUGUAGAAACUAGGAGAUGUAGUCCGAGCUAGAAGUGCAAAAAGCCAAAAGGCAGCUAAGGAAAUAUUUUUAAGACAGAUAUGGACCGCCGAGUAGACAAACAUGCAACUACGGAUUAUUCACAGAUUUCCAAAUAUGCUCAAAUAUUGUGCACAUGCGUAGUACAGACCCCAGGAAACUCGCGCAGUUUUGAUAACGAAUGGAAGUUUUUGCAAGUGUGACUCUACACCUUAGAAAAGAUUUAAUGACAAAUUUCUACCUUCUAAUCAUAGGUGUCUUCAUCACAGAAGGGGACAUUGGGAUCGGCAACAUCUUAGGCUCAGCGGUAUUCAACGUGCUGUUCGUUAUUGGAUUAUGUGGCGUAGGGGCUGGAACGGUAAGAAGAUGACCAGGAGAGGAUAACCACGUGAUUUACAGCGUUUUCACGGAUCGAGCUAUUUCAAGACUGGCUCAGGUUCCAUUGCUUAACUAUUGACCCCUAAGGAACUAAUCAAUUAUGCAAGCCUUCUGAAUGGCUGGGAAGGAUCUUGCGUCAGUCUAAAAAAGUGCUCAAUCCGUGAAUUCGUGUAGAUUUGAAUCUUCUGCUCUCUUGUAAAAUAACCGUAAACACUGCCCGCGUCGACCAGCUUUUGCUAACUGCGGGCAUAUCCAAGAAAUGCUUCUUAUUUUCUAAUUUUCUAUUAAGAUAGAAAUUAAAAAUAAUAAUAAUAAAAAAAUUCAAAUUCGCUGUAACAUAAAUCUUUGGAAGCAGUACCCUCCUGCUCACGGACUCCUGACAUGACCUUAUCCCUCAACAGACCUCUUUAACUUGUACAUUUUGUUUUCCCAGAUGAGGGUGUUUAUGUCAUGCACGUGUUUAUGCUUGCACGCUUUUUGAAAUAUCAAGUGUUUUGAAUGGAGAAAACAAAACGAACAAGCUGCAGCUGUGUAUUUUUAGAUUGGGUUUCUAGGCAGGGUAGAGUGAACACUACAGACAGGAUUGCAAUGUUAAAAUGUAUAUCAGUGCUUACUGGUUUACUAAUCUUAGAAAAAACAUUUUAUGAGCCCAUUCUUAGAAGUGUCCAGGAGCCAAGAGCAGACGAAGCUAAAGACUAGUUUGUUCUUGAUGUUCCUAUUUUAGGAGGGGAGGGGGUGUGGCUAUUUUGACGUCACAUAAAAGCGUUAACAACGCUGCAUGUGCAUCACGUUUUGUUACCUUUGUCCUUCAAACAAAACCGUUUGGUUCAACCCGAGAUGUUCCAAAAAGAAAAGGCGUACUAGACUUUUAGGUGACAUAUGCUUUCAAGAGCGCAUGUUCCGAACGAAAAAUAAAUGAUCAUAAAGUAGAGAUUUGAAGAAGCAACUUCAAGUAAGCAAUUUCGUCGUUAACCUACUUCGUCUAACUUGUGUGAUGUGUCCAUAAUAGGUUUUGUAUUUAGCAUGGUGGCCCCUCGUCAGAGACAAUAUGUUCUAUCUCUUCAGUCUUGUCAUUCUCAUCUUGGUGCUCAUAGAUAGCAUUGUAACCUGGUGAGUGUUUUAACUUCAUGUAACAUUAAUUUUUAGUCCCUUUGGCUACUGAGGGUUGGCGCAGUGGUGAGGGCAGUCGCUUUCCAUGAACGUUGCCCGGGUUCUAUUCUGCCCUCGACACUUGUGUGAGAUAAGUUUGUUGGUUCUCUACUCCGCUCGGAAAGCUUUGUUUUUCUCGCUCCCGAUACUCCUGUUUUUCACUCUGAAGUAAGAACCAGCAUUUGAUUUGAAUCGAUUUGUAGUCUCUUCAGUUAACCACUUGACUGGCCCGCACAGCCAGGACUUAGAUAAAGAUGGGAAACGAUUGUCAAUAAAGAGGAUGCUCGUGACGUCAAGGCAGCUAUAUUGUUGAACGUCAACCUCCUCGGGGGUUUCCCCCGGAGAGGCGGAAAAGCUCUGGGAACGAAGUUGUUGUUGUUUUUUUUUUUCUCGGGGACUGUCUCAUGACAUUUUUGACUAGAAGCCCUAUGCCAAAAAAGUAUUGUACAAGGAUUUGAUAUGAUGUAAUCUGCACCGGAAACUUUGCUAAUUUCUUGUAUUUCGGAGCAGGGAAAUCAUCUCGGUCAAAGAUUCCAGCAAAUAUAUUUUUUUAAAUCAUCAAUGAACAAAAUGAAAUUUAGCUAAGCUUUUUUAUUUUUGUGAUUUCUAUUUAUUUCGCAGGCCAGAGGCAUUGGCCAUGUCGUGUUCCUAUUUGAUAUAUUUAAUCAUUAUGUACUUCAAUCCCCGAAUUGAGGCCUGGCUUUAUAAAAUAACCAAUACGAACAGUCCUGAGUUUAAAUCCGAUCUACACGCUUCACACGGCAUCAAAGCAAGCAACAAUGGAUACCAAAAGAUUGCUGAUGAAGAACAGAGCCACAGCGGAGGAAAAGAGAAGAAAUCACUUAGCACUAAUGAACAGACAAACUCUGCAAAGGAGACGCCUGAAGAGAAAGGAAAUGGAAAAAAGGAAGAGAAACAACAAGAAGAAAGGAAAGAGGACGGUGGGCAGAAACAACCACUAAAGGGUAAAGUUUAUAAUGUUAUUGGCAAUCGGAAACGACCAGGAACCGUCCCUCAAAAACAGGAACAGGAUAGAGGGUCUCUUCUUGGGGAUAGCUUUGACGGUGGAUUUUUUGUGCUUUUGAUAGUUCGAUUUUCGUGAUAAGCGGCUCAAAUAGUGAGAUCAUAAAGAUCUCGUGUUUCAGGAGUUUUUGCUCAGAAUGCUUGCAAUAAUAUGCCUGCAGACCUCAAUUAGCGUCACAAAGUGUUCCCUUACACUUCGGGUCCAUUUCAACAUGACGUAUAGCAAGAAAUGCUGACAAUAACCAUCAUAAAGUGUCUUCCUAACUAAAAAAAACAGUUAUCUCAAUCCUUAAUUAAAACAACCUUAAAUCAAACAUUUAUUUAUUUAUUACAUAUUCACUCCACUACAUUACAAGCAAAUAAUAAAAUGAAAUAAGCUAACACUACUAUAAGAAAGAAAAGAAAGUUGUGGAGAAGGAGACAACCAAAAGCGCCAAUGUGCCAUAAUAGGGAUAUGAUGCCCCCACUAAUUAAAAUAUAAGAAAAAUAUAUACAAAUAGAAAUAUAAAUGUUCUAGUUAUCCUUGAUAAAGCUUAAAACAUUUUUUUUACAGUUGCAAUACUUUUGAUUCUCUAAUAUGAUUGGGUAAACCAUUCCAUUCAUUUACAAUACGCUAAAAAAAAAAAACUAUAUUUAAAACCAUCAGUUCUACUAAAAUUUGGAACAAGGUCCUGUGUGUAAUUUUUCCUCAAGUUCUAACCUGUAUUUCUGUCCUUACAAAAUGUGAGCUUAUUUGAAAUGUCAAUAUCAAUGUCCAUUAAUUACAUUAAAAAAAAUGUAACAUCUCUAGUGAACCUCCUAUUUGAUAAUGACAACAAUUUUAGCUUAGAUAGUCUAAGAGUCAUCAGACCUAGUGAUCCAUCUGCUAGCUCUUCGCUAAACAGCCUCCAAUUUAUCAAUGUUACGUUUAGUAUGAGGCUUCCAAAUUUCGCAUGAAUAUUCUAAUAAAGGUCUCACAAGACUACAAUAAAGUGUGUUCAUGGUAUCAAUAUCCUUUAAGUCCCUACAAGUCCUCUUAACCAACCCUAAAACCCUAUUAGCCUUAGCAGUUAUUUUAUCUACGUGUUGGUUCCAUGAAAGAUUACUAGCAGUAAAUAAUCCGAAAUCUUUAUACAUAUUAACACUUUCCAACGGUUGACCUUCAAUAUUAUACUCCCCAACUUCCCAACUCCCCAACAUUUCUUGGUAUUAAUUCUCAUCUUAUUCAUCUUACACCAAUCUGAAAUUUUAUCUAUGUCAUUUUGAAAAGUAGACAGAUCUCCUUGAGUGCUAAUAACCCUAUACAUUUUACUGUCAUCAGCAUACAAAGCAAUUGAACUGUCCUUACUAAUUACCCCCGGUAAAUCGUUGAUGUAGACUAUGAAGAAUAAUGGUCCCAACAAAAAACCUUCUGGGACACCAGAGGUUACGGUUAACCAGUCGGAAGCCUCUCCUUUCAUUACAACACGCUGUUGACGUUAAAUAAUCUCUACACUAGUUUAGCAAGUCUCCAUGGACACCAUAUUUGUAAAGUUUGGUUAAUAGAUAAACAUAAUUGUUAUGAGGUAGCUUGCAAGUGGACUUAGCAGGACACUUUGUGGCGUCAACACCGAGUGCACAUCCAUUUAUUUGAAAAAAAAAAGUCGAUGACCACGCCCUGGGGCUGGUGUGACGUGUGUCCACCUUGUUUUCAGUCUUUUUUUCGAUCUUUAUAAUUUACUUGUGUUUCUUCCCAAAGGUGUAGUCUUCGUUCGUUAUGAUUCCCCCGAAUUUGUUUUGUAGUUUUUCCAAGAAGAGGUGUAUAUGGGCUUGGAGAAACUCAAAUUCAACGCCUUUUGUUUUUACAGGAGACGGUUUAAAACACCGACCCGUCCCAGAUCUCUUGUUAGGGACGCCAUUUAAUCCUCCGGAGGGGUUGGCGGCUAGAUUUUGCUGGUUCCUUGGCCUUCCAAUCAACAUAGCGUAUUUUUUCACCAUCCCAGAUGUGAAGAAGGAAUCUUGCCAGAAGUGGGUGGCAGUUUCUUUUAUAGUUUGUAUUGCUUGGAUUUCAGUAUCGUCUUAUACCCUCGUUUGGAUGGUUACUGUUAUUGGAUAUACAUUUGACGUCCCGGAUUCAGUCAUGGGACUUACACUCGUCGCUUUUGGAAGCAGUGUACCAGAUUGUUCGGCAAGUCUGUUCAUCGCACGAAAAGGUAAGCUAUGCUAUCAUUCCAGUUGCAAUUGACCAUAAAACAUACUGUACUACAGUGGCAACAAGACUUUCGCAUAAAUGUCACGUAGAUCGCAGAACUCAACUCGAGAGAGUUAAUUUACGUCCCACACGACCAUAUUAGCUCUUCAACCAGAACGCAAGACAUGUGCAGUGUAGACGUUUAUUGGAGUACGUGCCUUUUCUUAAGUUUGUUUCGCCACCAUACAGGCAAAGGCUGGAAAGAAAGAGAAAUAUUUACCAAGGGAGCUGGCUAUCUCUAAUUGCAGCUAUUGAAUCUGGGAGAAACCUGAUUGAGAAAUGAUACGAAUUUAGUCGAAAUUCCCAAUGAUCAAAGCUGACUUUGUAACAGAGGUUCGUCAAUUAAUUACGAACCACGUGGGGGAUUGCAAGGGGGAGGGGAGGAACAUAAUUGUCCUUUUUUUCCUUUUACCUCCAUUGCGGAGCUUUCCCCAGUCCGAAAGUUCUGAUUUUCUUUUUUGGUCUCUCUCAGGUGACGGCAACAUGGCGGUGUCAAACAACGUGGGAAGCAACACAUUUGAUGUUCUUCUGUGUCUGGGUGUCCCAUGGCUUAUUAAGGCAGCGGCGUGGAAUGCACCUAUUGAGGUCAACAGUCGUGGACUAUUUGUGUCGUGUUUUUUCAUCGUGGGAACUGUGGCUAUUGCCUUUUUUGUCCUUUAUUUGAACAACUGGGUCUUGAACCAAAAAGUUGGGUGUAUCUUUAUAGUUAUCUAUUUCAUUUUUCUGGGGACAUCAGUGUCCAUGGAAAUGUUCGUAUUCGGCAGGUUUCGACUGCCAAUGUGCAGCAUCGAAGUUUGA